UUAGAAAGAAAAGGGAAAUAAAUUGAGCACAACCUACGCAACUACUUUCCUUCUAGGAAGGUCAUGUUCUUGAACAAUUAAUGGGUACCCUUCAACUUCAACCUCCACGUAUUUUUUGAAAUCACUCCAAUUAUUUCAAUGGCAAUGGCACUUAACUCUGCUCUCUAUAUCGCAAAGAUGGCUUGGAUUGCUCUCAGUGGUUGGAUCACUUCUUGUUUAACUAUUGCUGAUGAAUUCGCUACUUCUCUUCGCUCUGGUGAUAUUGGUCCCUUCCAUGUUGGUUGAUUCAAUCAAUUUCACUUUCUGGUGUGUGCUAAGCAGGACCACCACACCACAAGGCCAUUAUUGCUAAGCAGGUAUGAGCUGCUAAAGACUACAGUAGCUGGCUCAGCUCAUCUACUUUGUUGCUUUACUCAUGACCUUUUCAAAAGAAAGGGAAAAUGUUGCAAUCUUUACAUGAUCUAAAUGAAGUGUCCUUUGUAUUUAUUUAACCAGCUUUGUUAAAGUGUGAAAUUGUACUUGUCAUUUGUAGAUAUCAGGUUUACAGCUAUCCUGAUAUUGAUUUCAAAAGAAUGAAAUCCUACAAAUUGAUUUGAAAAUAAUAAAGGAUUUGGCAGAAAAUAUCUUGAUCAAUAAUCUGCUUUGAUAUUUCAGAAUA